AAAUCACGUGACUUGCCCGAAGUGCUCGUUCUUCGCUGUAAAAGAUGACGUCUCUAGAUGAGCACGGCGGCAGGCAGAUCAGGCCAGGAAAGAUCUUCAGCGAAGAUCACAACAAGCCGGCGGUGGCCGUGACUCCCAGAAGUGAAGAAAGAGUUCUAGAAGAAUUUGACUUGGACUAUGCUUUUGGACCGUCCAAUGGUAUUUCCAGACUGAUGAGGUGGGAGAGGGCCCAAAGACUGUGCCUGAAUCCUCCGGAGGAGGUGAGACGGAUCAUUCUGCAGCACGGCUCUGACUCCAAGUACAACGAGAGGUAUGUAGAGUCCGCUGCAAGCUCUUACAAUUCCCUUUCUUGCAUUUCUCUCUACUGCAGUCUGUGGAACCGUCAUAUCUCGGGCAUAAAGUAACCCGUUUCUACCAAAUGAACAGACACUUUUUAUACACUCACUUUCAUAGUCCAAUAUGCGUUGAUCAUUGGUGCACACUGUACUGGAAUAUAUCCAUUAAUUAUCAGAGAUUGAAACACACUGUGGCAAAAAGCAUGUACUGUAAGACACCUUAAUUAAAUUGUGUGCAAGUGUCUGUGCAAUUGUGUGUGAGUGCACUGUUGCACUGCCAAAUGUCUUUUUAAUCAUGUCGGAUUCAAUGAAAGUUUCUUUGCUAAUUGUUUCGCCAAAUCACUAACAGUUUGACUAUCAUUCUGAGUCAGAGAGUCUAGUUUAUCAGUCAGUCCUUCCAAC